AUGUUGAAGUCUAAGCUAGGCUUAGGGGAGAAGAAACAGGGUAAAAAACAUCAGGUAUGUCAUGCGAGCUCUAGGAAGGGUUGUAUGAGGGGCAAAGGGGGACCUGAGAAUGCCCUUUGCACCUACAAGGGUGUCCGCCAGCGAACCUGGGGGAAAUGGGUAGCUGAGAUUCGCGAGCCUAAUCGUGGGGCUCGCCUUUGGCUUGGCACCUUCAACACCUCUCAUGAAGCCGCCUUAGCCUAUGAUGCAGCUGCCCGUAAGCUCUAUGGUUCUGAUGCUAAGCUUAACUUGCCUGAGCUUUACCCACCCCAGCUUCCCAGCAUGACACAAGUGCAAGUUCAAGCUCAGGCACAAGCGAAGGCAGCACAGGCGCAGGCUCAAGCACAGGCUCAGGCUCAGGCUCAGGCUCAGACUCAGGCUCAGAUACCAUGUUAUCAGAACGGCUACAACGCAGGUUGCUCAUCUGACAACAGCUCACUUUCUGGGGCAAGUGAUAUUAGUUUCCCCACUGAGGAGACAAAUUCCAUAUCUACAAACACUGAUAGCGCUACCACUAGUUCUGAGAGCUUUGGUGAGAAUGAAGUUGGGAUUAAUCAUGGUCUCUGGGAGAAUCCCAACCCAAGUUUGCCGGAGCUCGACGACACCUUGUGGGCUGAGACUGCUAUGACCCUCGGAUUUCCACCAUCUGUCAUCGAGCCGCAGCCAGAAUUUCUACUCUCUGACGGGCAUGGGUUGUUGUCCGGCAACUUAUGUGAUGAUAGCUUCCAGUUUCUUUGGUCUUCUUAG